AAAGUAGUGGAACAACUGGGAACUAUAAGUCGGCGACACCAAGACUUCACUCGGCUCUACUUUACUGUGACGCACUUCCAAAAUGGCUUCUAAAGGGGAACCGGUCUCUAAAAUUUUCUCAUUUCAGGACUGUAAAUCUUCUCCUGACCCGAUUUUUGAGUUCCCCACCCAGUGCCUGACCCCUACACCAGCCCCGAUAGUAAUAGAUAACGGCUCUUUCCAGACCCGAGCCGGCUGGGCGGCUCCGGCGGCGGAGUUUGAGUCUCCGCAGCUGGUCUUCAGGUCGGUGGCGGCGCGCAGCCGCGGGGCUGCCCGCAGCGAGACCCAGAUCGGUAACGAUAUCCCCAACCUGGAGCCGCUGCGGUGGCUGUUGAAGAGCCAGUUCGACCGAAACGUGGUGGUCAACUUCGAGAUCCAGGAGCUCAUCUUCGACCAUGUAUUUACACACAUGGGCAUCGCCUCAGAGGGCAGUGUGGUACACCCCAUUGUGCUGACAGAAGCGCCCUGCAACCCGCUGCACUGUCGGCAGAUGAUGUCAGAGUUGCUUUUUGAGUGCUACUGCGUCCCGUAUGUGUCCUACGGUGUGGACGGCUUGUACAGUUUCUACCACAAUAACACUCGAAGGAGCCUCCAGCCACCACACACUGGCCUUGUUCUGUCCUCAGGAUACCACUGUUCACACGUGCUGCCAGUUAUCAACGGCAGGUUUGAUGCAGUCAACUGUAAGCGUGUGAAUGUGGCUGGCAGUCAGGCAGCGUCCUACCUGCAGCGCCUCCUCCAGCUGAAAUACCCAGGUCACCUUGCUGCCAUCACACUCAGCCGGGUGGAGGAACUUCUGCAUGAACACAGUUACAUUGCUGUGGAUUAUCAUGAAGAGCUGGAAAAGUGGCGCAGCCCAGAGUUUUAUGAGCGGGAGGUUCACCGUAUGCAGCUUCCCUUCUCAGGUAAGGUACCGGGCGGCUGUGUGAGUGUGGAGGAGAGGCAGGAGAGACGAGCUCAGCAGCUUCGGAGGCUUCAGGAGAUCAACGCUCGCCGGCGGGAGGAGAAGCUGCUGCAGGACCAAGAGAGGCUGGACAGACUUAUGGCAAUACAGGAGCUGCUGGAAGAUGGCCUGUUGGAUCAGUUUCAUAAGAGCCUGGUGGAGCUCAAUAUGGACUCUGCUGAGGAGCUGCAGUCGUACAUCAACAAACUGCAGCUGGCUGUGGAGCAGGGCAGACAGAAGCUGCUGCACAGUGACGUAGCAGAGGGAAAGACGGAGGUGUCUGAGCUGGAGCAGCCGAUGGACGAGGGAGACGGAGUGGCACUGAUGGAUCCUGACUUCCCUGAGGACACGCUGCCAGAAAAAUCUGCUAAUGUGGUUCAGCCCAUGUUCAACAUGGCAGAGUACCACCAGCUGUUUGUGGGGACGGAGCGUCUGCGGUGUCCAGAGAUCCUGUUCCAGCCCUCGCCGACUGGAGAGGAACAGAUGGGACUAAUGGAGACACUGCAGUAUGUCCUGGCCAGGUAUACCCCAGAGCAGCAGGAGGCGCUUGUGAGCAACGUGUUUCUUACAGGAGGGAACAUGCAGUACCCUGGGAUGAAGGAGAGAAUGGAGAGGGAACUGCUGGCUAUGAGGCCCUUCCAGUCACACUUCAAGGUGACAAUGGCGUCGCGGCCAGCUCUGGACUCCUGGUAUGGGGCAAGAGACUGGGCCUUGGAGCAUCCACCUGGAGGAGUGGGAGGAGCGACAGAGGGAUGGAUCAGCAGAAAGGACUACGAGGAGAAAGGAGGCGAGUACCUGAGCGAGCACUGCACCUCUAAUGUCUUCAUUCCCAUGAAAAUCGCCAAACCGGUCCGCCCCACCGAGCCCUCUGGUACCACACUGACAUCAACUGGAGCUUCUGCUGCCAUCACCGCGGUUACGCCUGCCCCGGCUCCCUCCUAUUCUACUGUUGCUGCUGAUGUUUCCAUUGUUACCUCCUAAACUUGUAUCUUCAUUCAGACCUCUUGUAUUCACAUGCUGAGUUUUUGGUCUCUUGUAAAGUUGUAAACUGUUUUUGGAUCAUUGAUUUUGUUUUAUUUUCAUUGUGCUCGGCGAAACCACAAGAGACCAUUCAUAUUGAAUGGUCCUCAAAGUAAUGAUCUUAAAAGGUCUAGUUUGAAUGUUUCAUGUAUUACUAUGUAAAUAUAAGUUGUUUGUGUGUUUUUAAUAUAUAUCUAUAUAUUUUCACUGAUGGAAACAGUUGUUUGCCUUUUGAUUCAAUGAGGUUAAGAAGAAAGUGACAGCAGUUUGAUGCUUCUGGUUACAGAUGAACAGACAUUUUGAUCAGUACCAUCCUUUUUUCUUUUUCAUCACUACAGAGCAUAUAAAAACCAAAAUAAAGGGUUGGUUCUCUCAGAUUACACACACAUACAAAUAAACUUACCUAUAGUCGUAUCUAUCAAUGCAUAAAGUUUUGGUUUAAUCAUCUCCUAGGUUUUAUCUGUGCAAAUAUUUGCCGGCGUACAAACACAAUGGAGGUGAAAAGAAUGUUGUUUGUGUGUAUUUGCUAUUUUUGCUUGAUUAAUGACUAAAUGGACCAUUA